AUGCAAAGAAAAGAGCCAGGGACUCCUCGGCCCACCCCACCCAGGGAGGGGCAGCUCCAGCCCGCGCGAGCCGGGACGCCGAGCGCAGCCUUCGGCUCGGCUUUCCAGCACGGCUACGACAUCGCCGUGGUCAACACGCCGCACACGGUCUUGAAGUCAUUUUAUAAUGAAAUCUACUUCGAGUGACACGGAACAUUCAGGGAUGAGAAGGCCAUGGUGCUCCUGUGGUCAUGUACCGUAUCCGUGUUUCCUCUGGGGAGUUUGUUGGGGUCACUGAUGGUUGGCCUGCUGGUUGACAAAUGCAGCAGAAAGGGAACCCUGCUGAUCAGCAAUAUCUUCACCCUCAUCCCCGCCAUCCUGAGGGGGGUCAGCAAAGUGGCCAAGGCUUUUGAGCUGAUCGUCUUUUCUCCAGUGGUGCUGGGAGUCUGCACAGGCAUCUCCUACAGUACCCCCACCAUGUACCCAGGAGAGUUGGCUCCCAAGAACCUUAGGGGCACUCUGGGAGCAAUGACUGAGGUUUCUGUCAUCGUGGGAAUCUUCCUAGCACAGAUCUCCAGUCUGCAGGCCAUCCUGGGCCAUCCUACAGAUUGGCCCGUGCUCCUGGCACUGACAGGGGUCCCCAUGCUGCCUCAGCCUCUCUCUCUGCCCUUCUUCCCCAAGAGCCCGCUGUGUACCUUAUUCAGAAAAGAGAUGAAUCAGCUCGACAAGACAUGGGGCCGCUCUGCUCCCCGCAGCUCUGAGGAAAUGCGAGGCUGGGCUGAUGUAGAGGAUGAGACUGAAGAAAUGUGCGUGGAGGACCAGGCCCAGAAGGCUGAGGGCCACCUAUCCAGGCUCAGCCUCUUCACAUUUCAGCCUCUCCGGCAGCUUAUCUCCAUCAUCAUGCUCAUGGGCGGCCAGCAGCUUUCCGGGGUCAACGUGGUAUGCGGGGCCAUGGGGGGGGUGGCCUGUGUGCCCAGCAGCUGGCGGAAUGUCGGCCGGGAGGAGGUCAUUAGCCCCACAGUGGGGGCUUCUGAGGUGUCCAUGCAAGCGAGCAGGGCCCCUGAGCUGUCUCGCCUUGGUGUCCUCUGUGUCUUCACCUGUAUCGGACAUUCCAUUGGGGCCAGUCCCAUCCCCUCCGUGGUGAGGACCGGGAUCUUCCUGUAGUCCUCUCCGCCGGCCGCCUUCCUGGUGGAAGGGCUCUCCAACUUCAUUGGGGGCUUCGUGUUCUCUUCAGUCCAGGAGGUCAUCAGUGUCUACAGCUUCAUCGUCUUUGCUGGAAUCUUCCUCACUGCUGUUUACAUCUAUAUGGUUAUUCCUGAGACGAAGGGCCAAACAUUUGUGGAGAUAAACUGAAUUUUUGCCAAGACAAACACAGUGAAAAUUCCAGAGAAGAAAGAAAUCACAAAUGUCGGGCCUCGCAUACCGUCUCUGCCUACCAAGGAAACUGCCUCUCAACGGCUCUGCAUGUAG